UUUCGAUCAGUUCAGUCGACAAAUUCAAAGUUCUUCAAAAUUUAUCAAUUUUUUUCCAUUAAUUCAUCAUGAUUCGCAUCACAGCAUCAAGAAUCUUAAACUCUGGUGUAAUUGGACGAAGACAAUUGUCAACGAGAGGCUUUCAAAAUUGGUUAUUAACAACAAAUGCUGAAGAUCAGAAGUCAGAAGAGUUUGAAUUGCCUCAAACGGGACUUUCAAAACCUACUGAGAGAGCGAGUUCAAGUUUUAAAAGUGGAAGCAGUGGUUCAUCAAUUCAGCAGACUGCAAACAGCAGCUCAUCAGUUCAGACUGGUGCAAAUAGAAGCAAUAGCAGGAGUAGCUCAAGUCAAUUAGUGAAAGUUGAUAAUUUUAAGCCUGACUCCUUAGAUUAUCCAUAUUCCAAUAGCAUAAUGACAUACAAGAAGGAUGAAAAGCCCAAAAUUGAGAAUAAAUCAACGCCACUUCCGUCAACAAGCUAUGAAAAACCAAAACUUAAUAAUAAAUCACAAGUCGACUCAAAAAAGCAAUCAAAAGACAACAAAAAGAAGUCAAAAGAUGAAAAACCAGCUAGCGAUGACAAAAAGAAGUCCGAUGAGCAGAUGUGUAGUCAUCAUACAACUAUGGUGCCGCCUUCAGAUGUUCUUGAGCAGCUUAAGACUUUUGAAUUACAGUCUAAAUGUACAUCGUUUCAUUUAAAGAGUUCUGGUCAUGAUAGAUCUGAGUGUUGAGUUAUGGAUAGAAUUUAAUGUUAUUUGGAAUAAAGCUUUAGGUUUUGGAUGUUUAGAGUAAAAUUUUUUGAUGGUAGUCAAUUGCACCGAAGAAUAAUAUGUAAGUCCACAACACUAGAGGAUAAUAAACCCGAAAAAUGAAAAAUAACGG